AUGGAGGGAGAGCGGGCGCCGCUGCUCGGUUCGCGGCGGGCGGCGGCGGCGGCGGCCGGGGCGUUUGCGGGGCGUCGCGCGGCGUGCGGGGCGGUGCUGUUGGCCGAGCUGCUGGAGCGCGCUGCCUUUUACGGCGUCACGGCCAACUUGGUGCUGUUCCUGAAUGGCGCGCCGUUCAACUGGGAGGGCGCCCAGGCCAGCCAGGCGCUGCUGCUCUUCAUGGGCCUCACCUACCUGGGCUCGCCGUUCGGGGGCUGGCUCGCCGACGCGCGGCUCGGCCGGGCGCGCGCCAUCCUGCUCAGCCUGGCCCUCUACUUGCUGGGCAUGCUUGCCUUCCCGCUGCUGGCCGCGCCCCGCUCGCGCGCCGCGCUCUGCGGGGACCCGCGCCCCGAGCUCGUCCGCAAUUGCUCGGCGCCCUUCCCCAACGGGACGGCGGUGUGCCCCGAUGUCGCCGCGCGCCGCUGCGCCCCCGCCACCUUUGCGGGGCUGGUGCUCGUGGGACUCGGGGUGGCCACGGUGAAGGCCAACAUCACGCCCUUCGGCGCGGACCAGGUCAAAGAUCGUGGUCCAGAAGCCACUAGGAGAUUUUUCAAUUGGUUUUACUGGAGCAUUAAUUUGGGAGCGAUCCUGUCAUUAGGAGGCAUUGCCUAUAUUCAGCAGAAUGUAAGCUUUCUCACGGGUUACCUGAUUCCCACUGUCUGUGUGGCCAUCGCUUUCCUGGUCUUCCUUUGUGGCCAGAGUGUCUUCAUCACCAAGCCUCCUGAUGGCAGCGCCUUCACUGACAUGUUCAGGAUUCUGACCUACAGCUGCUGCUCCCAGAGAGGUGGGCAGCGGAGAAGUGGUGAAGGCCUUGGAGUCUUUCAGCAAUCUUCUAAACACAGUCUGUUUGAUUCAUGUAAGAUGUCGCGUGGAGGGCCGUUCACAGAGGACAAAGUGGAAGACGUGAAAGCCCUGGUCAAGAUCGUGCCCGUGUUCUUGGCUCUGAUUCCUUACUGGACAGUGUACUUCCAAAUGCAGACCACGUACGUUUUACAGAGUCUUCAUCUGAAGAUUCCAGAAAUCUCAAGUAUCACCACCACCCAUCACACGCUGCCUGCAGCCUGGCUCACCAUGUUCGAUGCAGUCCUCAUCCUCCUCCUCAUCCCGCUGAAGGACAAGCUAGUGGACCCAGUGCUCAGGAGACAUGGCCUGCUCCCGUCCUCCCUGAAGAGGAUUGCUGUGGGGAUGUUCUUUGUCAUGUGCUCUGCCUUCGCUGCGGGAAUCCUGGAGAGUAAAAGGCUGGACCUGGUGAAGGAGAAGACCAUCAACCAGACCAUUGGUGGUGUCGUGUACCAUGCUGCUGACCUGCCCAUCUGGUGGCAGAUCCCACAGUAUGUGCUCAUUGGCAUCAGUGAGAUAUUUGCAAGUAUAGCAGGUUUGGAGUUUGCCUACUCAGCUGCUCCCAAGUCCAUGCAGAGCGCCAUCAUGGGACUCUUCUUCUUCUUCUCUGGCAUUGGGUCCUUUGUGGGCUCAGGACUGUUAGCCCUGGUCUCUCUCAAGGCCAUUGGGUGGAUGAGCAGCCAUACAGACUUUGGGAACAUCAACAGUUGCCACCUGCAUUACUACUUCUUCCUGCUGGCUGCCAUCCAGGGAGCUACAUUGCUGCUCUUCCUCAUCGUCUCGGUGAAGUACGACCGCCAGCGGGCCAGGGCAGAUGUGGGGCCGGCCAGCACAAGGACCUGAUGCAGC